GUCUCUUUGAUCUUUGAUUGGUCAAACCCAAUUUGCCGCCAAACAAAAACAGAAAUGAUAACAUACCUUCAUAGCAACGGUUACUGAAUAUAACCGAAGUAAUGAGAAUUUGCGCUUUUAUUUAGUGUCUUGUGUAUUUAGUAUCUAUUGUUUAAUGCAAAAAAAUAUGGAUUUAGACCAGGAGGAGACCAUCGCGACCGACGACGACGACAGUGAUGAAGCAGACCAGAGCUUUUACCUCAGCAGGUUAAUGUUGACAGAACAUCAGUUCUCAUCCCCCACUGUCCUCUCUCGUCGUGUGCUGAGUGAAGAGAUUUCCCCUCAGAUUGACCUGCAGUAUCGCACUGGACAGAGCAGAAACACAUCCACAACAAAACAGACAACACAUAGCACUGUGGAUCCACCAACAAACCCUGGAAGUGUAAAAGCUCUUAAUGAAGACGAAAGUUCUUCAGAAAUGGAACACAGUGAAGGUUUCAGUGGCAAAGGCGUAACAGAUCCAAAGUCAGGGAAAGUCCUGUCACUCAAGUCCAUCCACAGACAGAAUCAUUUUGGAGAGACAAAGCUGCAUUUAGCUGUGAUGAAAGGAGACAUUGAAGAUGUCAAAGACUUGAUCACAGUGGGUGCUUCGGUUAAUAUAGCAGAUUAUGCAGGUUGGACUCCACUCCAUGAGGCAGUGCAGAGAAACAUGUAUGACGUGACAGAAAUUUUACUCAAAGCUGGAGCCGAAAUCAACUGCAAAGGACAUAAUGGAAUUACACCUUUACAUGAUGCCAUUCAGUGUCAGUAUUACAAGAUUGUAGAUCUACUUCUGAAGUAUGGUGCUGAUCCAUUAUUAAAGUGUGACAGAGGAAGGACUCCUAUGGACAUGACCACAGACAAAUCGAUGUGCAUACUGGUGGAGAAAUAUCUGCAAAAGUCUAAAAGUGAUCCAGCUGAAAAUCAACCCAGCACCUCUGACAGCCAGAACUCCAUCAAAGACACAGGAGCUCCUCUUCAAAAAUCAACAAGAACUGCCAAAACAAGGGAGCAUGAAAGCAGCCUGCAGUCUGGUGAAGAUGAACCCAUUCCUGGUCCAAGCAGAGGACUACCAAGCUGUGAUCCAUCAAUUCAGGCCUCUUUUAAAGUGGAACCACCACCUCAGACUAGCACCAAUGUACUGUGGCCUGUAAGGGACCAAGAGCAGGACUUCUGUAGCCAGGGUCCCUCACUGGUUCAGGAUCAGAAGAGCGAGGGAUCAGACACCUCAAGCUGCCUAGACAGUGAUGUUACAUUGGAUUAUAUCGAAGAUCGUUCAUCAUCACCAGAACUUUGGAGUCUGUGUGCCACUCAAGAUUUCUCUGGUUCCUAGAGCAGUAGGGAUGUUUCAGCAGAUUGUCAAAUACCUGAUAAGUUCAUUCAGUUGACGUUUGACUCUUAAAUAUUGGGUUGUUUUAUGUAAGUUAGUUCUCUUUUGUUCUUUUAUGUCAUUCGAGCUGCAUACUAACUACAAAUACAAAAUAGACUAUAAAAUGUAUAGUCAUCUAGUAUAUGUUCAAAAUGUUGGAAUUUUGCCACAAG